GCCGGACCCGCUAAAUUUUUCUUCGGGCUUCCCCCAUCCAACCGAGACCGCCCCUAGUCCGUCACCCAGUCAAUUAACCAAGGUAAAGCAUACUUUUUGCUUGUGAGGCAUUUCAUUACUCUUUUUAUCCUUUUUCACGAAGUCCUAUUACCUCUUCCAAUUUCCUGUUUUCACCACCAUAAUUUAAUUGCUUCGCGCUGCAUCAUCAGCCAUGGCGUCUACCCUCCGUCUGAGCUCCUCUGUCUUUCGAACUACACUUCGGGCCCCCAGUUUUGCGGCCCGUACCACAGCGUUCAACGCAGCACGAUGCUACUCUUCUUCCAAAAGCCAGACCUUGAAGGAACGCUUUGCCGAGCUGCUCCCCGAGAAGAUAGAAGAAAUCAAGGCCUUAAGAAAAGAGCAUGGCUCUAAGGUCGUCGACAAGGUCACCCUCGACCAGGUCUAUGGUGGUGCCCGAGGAAUUAAAGCUCUAGUAUGGGAAGGUUCAGUCCUCGACUCUGAGGAGGGUAUCCGCUUCCGAGGCAAGACAAUCCCCGAGUGCCAGGAAGUUCUUCCUAAGGCCCCCGGCGGCAAGGAGCCCCUACCCGAAGGUCUUUUCUGGCUGCUCCUAACCGGUGAGGUCCCUACUGAGCAACAGGUUCGCGACCUCUCUGCUGAGUGGGCUGCUCGAUCCGAUGUUCCCAAGUUCGUCGAGGAACUUAUCGACCGCUGUCCUACCGACCUCCACCCGAUGGCGCAGUUCUCCCUUGCUGUCACCGCACUUGAGCACACCUCGUCUUUCGCUAAGGCUUACGCCAAGGGUAUCAACAAGAAAGACUACUGGGGAUACACUUUCGAGGACUCGAUGGACUUGAUCGCCAAGCUCCCCACUAUUGCUUCUCGCAUCUACCAGAACGUCUUCAAGGGCGGAAAGGUUGCGCCGGUUCAGAAGGACAAGGACUACAGUUUCAACUUCGCCAACCAGCUGGGCUUUGGCGAGAACAAGGACUUCAUCGAGCUGUUGCGACUAUAUCUGACCAUCCACACUGACCACGAGGGUGGCAAUGUCAGCGCCCACACUACUCACCUUGUUGGCAGUGCUUUGAGCUCUCCUUUCCUAUCGCUCGCCGCUGGUCUCAACGGUCUUGCCGGCCCUCUUCACGGUCUUGCCAACCAGGAGGUCUUAAACUGGCUUACCGAGAUGAAGAAGGUAAUUGGUGAUGACCUAAGCGACGCUAAGAUCACCGAGUACUUGUGGUCCACUCUCAACUCCGGCCGAGUUGUUCCCGGUUACGGCCACGCCGUUCUCCGCAAGACGGAUCCCCGAUACACCGCUCAGCGAACAUUCGCCCUAGAGAAGAUGCCCGACGACCCCAUGUUCCAGCUAGUCAGCCAGGUUUACAAGAUCGCCCCCAAGGUCCUGACCGAGCACGGCAAGACCAAGAACCCGUUCCCCAACGUCGAUGCUCACUCUGGUGUCCUCCUCCAGUACUACGGCUUAACUGAGGCUAACUACUACACUGUCCUAUUCGGUGUCUCGCGUGCCAUUGGUGUGCUACCGCAGCUCAUCAUCGACCGUGCAGUCGGUGCGCCGAUCGAGAGACCCAAGAGUUUCUCUACUGCUAAGUGGAUCGAAAUCUGCCAGAAGCUAUAAGGAAUGAGGAACGCAUUUUUCCUUUCGUCUGAAAAGAGCAUGUUUCACAAACGGAAAUAGAACGGUCUACCGAGAGCAGUGGUGUAUCACGGGAGGGGGUUGAAUUAGAGAUACUCCUAACGAUACCAAAAAGCUGCGCUUGUACAAUAAUACGUCAUGAUUGAAUUUUGUAUAGGUAGAUGCAAUUAAACAUUAACUACUUAAAAUAUUCCACUCAUUAUUAGAAGAUA